UGUGGGCGAGAACAAGCAACCCCUCCUCGGUGUUAGUGCUCGAUCUGAUUCCAACGGCGUCGGUGCGGGCAGAGAAGAGCUCGAAUAGAUAGAGACCACUCUAAACUUCCCGCUCUGAAAUGCCUCCGAAAGCUCUCAAAUUCCCCGAUUUUCUUCCCAACAUGCGAAUCCAUGGUCCCAUCGGCCGCUCCUUUCCCUUGAGUACGGCGACGACACGAUGCGCGCUCGACCUGUCCCAGUCUAUUAUGCGUCAAAUCAGCACCAAGACGAGGUUGGAGCUUCGAGUGCUUAUCUCUAUAGAAGUACCCCCGACGCAGAAAGACAAACCGGUGCCACAAACAAUUACCGUCACAUCCGCAGAAUCUACACAAGGAAUAGUUCAACCGCGAUGGACGAAAUUCUCAGGUUAUUGGGUGCACGAAGAUCCCGUCGAUCUCGGAUUCCUAAUAAGAGAAAAGGCGGAGGGAAAACCUUUCAAGACAGAAUUCGAUUUGACCAUCGCCAUCCUAGACAGCCCGAACGCCAGCGGCGUCGCCGACAUUUUCUUGAGUCGGCGUGUGAGCACGGCGACUCUGAUCAGAUCGGUAUUAGCUGCGGAUCCACUGUCGCGGGACACAGUCGAGGAACGACGGAAGCGUAUGAGAGACGAAGGAGUCGAAUCAGAAAUAGUGAGCCUGAAGUGUCCCUGUCUCGGGACUCGCAUAGUAACCCCUGCACGUUUCGAGGCUUGCAAGCAUCUGGAGUGCUUCGAUCUGCACAAUUUCUUAGCUAUGGAAGAGAAACGACCGAAAGGACGGUGCCCCAUCUGUAACAAAUUGAUAGAGUUCAGACGCUUGGGGGUUUGUGAGUUCACCGCGGAUAUCAUCGCUAGCAAUAAGAGCUGCGAAAGCUACAGGAUCACUCCCGAAAGCGUCGAGCCCCUGUCUCCGACAUUGGCCUCCGGAGCUGCGAGUCGAAAGCGGAAACGGGGAGCCCUCUGUCCAAGUCUGGACGAGAAUUUGAAUGUCCAGAGUCUGCGGAAGCCUCUUCAAGCGCCGGAGAGCGCCCCUCAGGCGCAGCUCCGUCGCCGAUUAGACUGCAAGGAACCUCCGGCCUUAAGGGACCCAUGCGAAGAACCCCCUUUACAACAGCAAACUCUGACAGAAACCCCAGUAUACAUCGUGAUUGACUAGGUAUAUUUUAGCCGCCUAAUGAACUCAUUUUAUGGUGAUUCGUUUUAGCAAUCACCUGCCUGGAGAAAAAGGUUGCUCCAGCAAAGAGCUGCGAACGUUGGAGUCGAUUCAGGGAGGGUUGGUCUUCCCCAGGUCGAACAUAAAAGGUUUUGAAAUGGAUUGUGGAUGGAAUUACGGAUCAGGAUGCGAAUGGUCCCGAUCCCUCGAAGGCUUGAAAUAGUAUGAAUCGAUUUGUCAUCAUGUACAUGUUUCAAGAAAGCACGACCGAAGCGUAGGACUGUCCAAGACUAUGACCGAGGAGGGUAUGAGAAUUGAGAACACAUCUACUUCCGCGACUA